CAUCAUUCCAUCGCCCAUGAUGCAAACCACACCUCUCUCUCUCUCUCUCUCUCUACAAAUGACUAAAAUUACAGUAUCAUGGAAAAGCAAAUGAGCAUAAGAAGAAGGAGAAGAAGAGAUUCUCACUCCAUCUCCUCUCUUUCCAUUCUCUCCAUUACUCUUCUUUAAAGUCUACAUAACGUUUACAGAUUUUCCGACGAGAGCGAGAAGAGAGAUGGAAGAGAACGGGUGGGGUUUGGCGCCAUCAGGGGCCCCACCACUGAUGAUGCAACGGGAAGAGGAGCGGUGGAGGCAUUUCGAUAACUCCGUGAAUGCGGUUUCCUUCGGAUUCGUGGCUACCGCGAUCUUGAUCUCCAUGUUCCUGGUGAUGGCCAUCUUCGAGAGGUUUCUACGGCCGAGAUCGACUGAUGGGAGAGGGGGAGGGAGAAAUGCUGCUGGGGAUUUGGAACGUGGGACGGGAGUUUCUUCCAAGGUUGGGGUACGAUCUCCCAAUAUGUCCAUCUAUGCCAAAGGUGUUUCGGUGCUAAUGCCCGGCCAAGAUGUCCCUACAUUCAUCGCACACCCGGCUCCCCCACCAUGCCCACCGGAGCGGAUCUCAUGGCCUCAUCAUCAACAAAGCACAUUCAGCCACCCUACAUCAAAUCCACAUUAAAUACCAUAUCAACUGUAACUAUUGAGCUGCUCUUCCUCAAGCUCGAGUUUGAUAUCAUUGAACCUGCCAUCCAGAAAUACCACAAACCAAUCCAGUGUACCUGAUCAGAAACCUUACCACUAAUUCGAGUUAGAAGACAUACCUAAAGCACCUAUUACAACCACUCAUCUGUAAAAUUCAGUGACUGCCCCAAUAUAAAUUCUACAAAUUCUUGGAUCCAAGCUGUUCAUCAGGUGGGGCCUAUUGUUUAUGGCCUGGUGUAGAAAUCAGGCUGGUCCAUUCUUGCCUGUGGGUCACACUAAAAAAAAAAAGUCCAGCUAAAAAGAACUGAGCAACAGGGUACUAGACAUGUGGCUCACUUGAUGACCACACGCAGAUGUUGGUGCCCAGCUGAUGAACAGCUUGGAUCUUGGUCAUGCUCAUGAGUAGCCAUAGCAGUACCUUGAAAGAAAGCAGCAGCAAGUUUACAUAGUUCGAGAUCAUUUAAUAGCGCCCAUACGUCAGCUAUAUACAAAUCAAAGCAACCCAUUGACAAACCCAAUCCCGAAUUCUGCAUUCCAACUCGAAUUAGAAAUCGUAUCAACACCACCUAUAGCAACUCUUACCUAAAAUUGCAUGCAUUCGUGGGAACAAAGCCGCAACCCUAUUGAAAUCAUUUUUGCUGUAUGUUCAUCAGAUGUGUAUAUUAUUUCAGUGUCUAUCUAAGUUGCAUAUAUGCUCCUUCUUCAGCAACGUUUGCCUGUGGAGCUUGCUUGCACUGGUAUUUGUUUUAUCCUCUCUUUCCAGAUUCUCUGGCCGGGGCUCCGGGAGUUCUUCCAAGUGGGUAGGAUUCCUCAUUCUUCUUCUUAGAACUGGCCAAGUCAUAAUGUAUAGAUUCUGAGAAAAUGUAAUUGGAACUUGGAAGGUGAUGCACCGAGGGAUACUAUGUUGUUUUUAAAUCUAUUAUUUGAUUGUAAUGUAGAGAUGAAGAGGCAGGAUGAUGAAAGUUGUGUGGUAGCA